GGCAUCCUCGGUGGGGCGGGUCUCCGAGGGCCGGACUCCGGGUUCCCGCCACCCCCAAGAGAGGGGGGUGCGGGGAGACCCCGGCGUGGAGCUGGCGCCCCUGCAGGGGGUCCGGGGAGGGGGGGGCGGAGGCGGGCGGAGAGGGCGGGGCGGGGCGGGGCGGCCGUCUCGGCCCUCCCUGGCGGGGCCCCGCGGCCUGGAGCCGGAGCGGGCGAGCCGCAGCCGAAACCGCGGCCGGAGCUGUCCCCUCGCCAGAGCCGGCGCGACGCGAGCGGCGGGCGGGAGGGAGGGAGGAGGCGGCGCGCCCGGCCCCGCCUGCCGGUCGGAGCGGCGGACGCGGCCCCGCGCCGAACCAUGGAGCCCGAGCCAGUGGAGGACUGUGUACAGAGCACACUCGCCGCCCUCUACCCACCCUUCGAGGCAACAGCCCCCACUCUGCUGGGCCAGGUGUUCCAGGUGGUGGAGAGGACAUACCGGGAGGACGCACUGAGGUACACGCUGGACUUCCUAGUGCCCGCCAAGCACCUGCUUGCCAAGGUCCAACAGGAAGCCUGUGCCCAGUACAGCGGUUUCCUCUUCUUCCAUGAGGGCUGGCCCCUCUGUCUGCACGAGCAGGUGGUGGUGCAGCUAGCAGCCCUGCCUUGGCAGCUGCUGCGACCAGGAGACUUCUACCUGCAAGUGGUGCCCUCAGCAGCCCAAGCACCACGCCUGGCACUCAAGUGCCUGGCCCCAGGGGGUGGACAGGUACAGGAGCUGCCUGUGCCCCAUGAAGCCUGUGCCUACCUGUUCACACCAGAGUGGCUCCAGGGCAUCAAUAAGGACCGGCCCACUGGCCGCCUCAGUACCUGCCUCCUGUCUGCACCUUCUGGGAUUCAGCGGAUACCCUGGGCUGAGCUCAUCUGCCCCCGAUUUGUGCACAAGGAGGGCCUCAUGGUUGGACAUCGACUGGGCACACUCCCCCCAGAACUGCCCUCUGAACCCCCUGACCUCCCUAGCCCUCCCCUCCCAGAGGAGGCCUUGGGCACGAGGAGUCCUGGGGAUGGACACAAUGCCCCUGCUGAGGGACCCGAGGGCGAGUAUGUGGAGUUACUGGAGGUGACAUUGCCUGUGAGAGGGAGCCCCACAGAUGCCGAGGCCUCCUCUGGCCCCUCCAGGACCCGAACGGUACCAGCUCGCAAAGGUGCUGGAGGGAAAGGCCGGCAUCGGAGACACCGGGCAUGGGUGCACCAGAAGGGGCUGGGACCUCGGGACCAGGAUGAGGCACGGCCGCCUGGUGAGGGGAGUAGCACCGGAGCCUCCCCUGGGUCUCCCUCUGGAGCUGAGGCUCUCCCAGAGGCAGCAGCCUGGGAGGUGGCUGAGCCCCUAGCAGAGGUCUCGGGGGAAGCCUCAGACUCUUGCCUCCUGAGGCAGGGAGAGGCUGGGGGAGCAGGCCAGGCAGCUGAAGGACUGCCUGGCACCCCUAGGAGAACAAGCAAAGGAAACAGGAGAAAAAAGCGAGCUGCGGGCAAAGGGGCUCUUGGCCGAGGAGGGGACAGUGCCCUGCCGAGCCCUGGAGACAAGGAAGAGACCCGACAGCAGGAAGCUCUUGUUACUCCACCCUCUUCAAAUGAGCAUGAGCUUUCAGGAUGCUGUCUGGGUAAGGAAGAGUUCAGAGACUUGGGGAAGCCAGAAUCUGUGCCAAAAGGGGAGCUGGAAUCAGCAGAUGGACAGGAACUCCAGCCCCCAGAAACAUGUGGGCCUGUAGAAGAAAGGGCUGAAGAGAAUGAACAGGAAGGGCCAAACCUGCUAUGCAUGGCAGGGCCCUUAGGUCCUGAAGGACUCCUCCCUGACCCCCUAGCACCUCCUGUGGAAACAGUACCGGAAGUAGAAGGGGACAGCAGUGUCCCAGAAGAGAUGCCUCCAGUGUCCACGUCUGAUGAGCCUGAUGUACCUUGGGGCUUGAUGGCAUCAGGGUUCCUUGUCCUGACUGGAGGGGUGGACCAGAGUGGACGAGCUCUGUUGACCAUUACCCCACCGUGCCCUCCUGAGGAGUCCCCACCCUCCAGAGACAUGCUGAGCUCUGCUCUUCAUUACCUCCACUCAGUGCUCAGGCCUGAACUACAGAUACUGGGGUUGUCUGUCUUACUGGAUCUCCGCAAGGCACCCCCACUGCCUCCAGCACUCAUCCCUGUCCUGAGUCAGCUUCAGGACUUGGGGGACCCUCCUCUUAUUCAGCGACUGUUACUUCUCACUCAUGAUGACCCUCCAACUGAACUCCAUGGGAUUCAGGGUGCUGAGUUGCUGUCAGAGAGUGAUCUGAAGAGAGUAGCCAAGCCAGAGGAGCUACAGUGGGACAUGGGAGGUCACAGGGAUCCCUCUCCAGACCACUGGGUAGAGACACACCAGGAAGUGGCAAGGUUAUGCCGCCUUUGCCAGGGUGUCCUGGGUUCCGUGAGGCAAGCUACUGAGGAGCUGGAGGGCGUGGCAGCACCAGAGGAAGAGGAGGCAGCAGGAAUGCCUGAGCCCCUUCAGAAGGUGUUGGUGGAUCCCCGACUGACAGAGCUGCAGAGAGACGGAGGCGCCAUCUUGAUGAGACUGCGUUCCACCCACAGCAGCAAACUAGAGGGCCCUGGUCCAGCAGCACUGUAUCAGGAGGUAGAUGAAGCCAUUCACCACCUUGUGCGCCUCUCCAACCUGCACGUACAGCAGCAGGAGCAGCGGCAGCGCCUGCACCGACUCCAGCAGGUGCUGCAGUGGCUCUCGGGCCCAGGAGAGGAGCAGCUGGCAAGCUUCACAACACCCGGGGACUCACUGUCUGCCCUGCAGGAGACAGAGCUGCGAUUCCGGGCUUUUAGCACUGAGGUUCAGGAGCGCUUGGCCCAGGCAAGGGAUGCCUUGGCUCUGGAGGAAGACACAGUCUCCCAGAAGGUUCUGGAUGUUUUUGAACAGCGGCUGGAACAAGUAGAGAGCAGCCUCCAUAGGACCCUGCGGCUCCAGCGCUUCUUCCAGCAGGCACAUGAGUGGGUAGAUGAAGGUUCCGCCAGGCUGGCAGGAGCAGGACCAGGUCGAGAGGCAGUGCUGGCAGCCCUGGCCUUGCGGAGGGCCCCAGAGCCCAGUGCUGGCACUUUCCAGGAGAUGCGGGCCCUAGCCCUGGAUCUGGGCAGCCCUGCAGCCCUGCGAGAAUGGGGCCGCUGCCGUGCCCGCUGCCAAGAGCUGGAGAGGAGGAUUCAGCAACAGCUGGGUGAGGAUGCCAGUCCUCGGGGUCACAGACGGCGACGGGCAGACAGCACCAGCAGCAGAGGAGCCCAGCGCAGCCCUCACAGCCCCUCGCCCAGCCUCAGCUCCCUGCUGUUACCCAGCAGCCCCGGGCCACGGGCAGCCCUGUCCCAUUGCUCCCUGGCACCCUGUGGAGAGGACUAUGAGGAGGAGGACACCGAGCUGACGCUGGACGAGGGCCGGGUGCCCAGGACUGUGCUGAUCCGAGGCCUGGAGGUCACCAGCACAGAGGUGGUAGACAGGACAUGUUCACCUCGAGAACAUGUGCUGCUGGGUCGGGCUGGGGCCCCAGAUGGGCCCUGGGGAGUAGGCACCCCCCGGAUGGAGCGCAAACGAAGCAUCAGCACCCAGCAGCGGCUAGUGUCAGAGCUGAUUGCCUGUGAGCAGGAGUACGUGGCCACCUUGAGUGAGCCAGUGCCACUGCCAGGAACUGAGCUGACCCCUGAGCUUCGGGGCACCUGGGCCGACGCCCUGAACACCCGGGAGAGGCUUCGCAGCUUCCACCGGACUCAGUUCCUGCGGGAGCUCCAGGGCUGUGCCAGCCACCCCCUACGCAUCGGGGCCUGCUUCCUUCGCCACGGGGACCAGUUCAGCCUUUACGCCCAGUACGUGAAGCACCGACACAAACUGGAGAAUGGUCUGACUGCACUCGGCCCCCCAGCCAAGGGCUCCACGGAGGGAGGCCCUCACCUGCCCUCAGCCCUUCAGCAGCCCCUGGAGCAGCUGGCCAGGUAUGAGCAACUCCUGGAGGAGCUUCUGAGGGAAACUGGGCCCGAGCUGAGUUCUGAGCGCCAGGCACUCGGGGCUGCUGUACAGCUGCUCCGGGAACAGGAGACACGUGGCAGAGACCUGCUGGCCGUGGAGGCAGUGCGUGGGUGUGAGACAGAUCUGAAGGAGCAGGGACAACUCCUGCACCGGGACCCCUUUACUGUCAUCUGUGGACGAAAGAAGUGCCUUCGCCAUGUCUUUCUCUUUGAGCAUCUCCUCCUGUUCAGCAAGCUGAAGGGCUCUGAGGGAGGGUCAGAGGCUUUCGUGUUCAAGCAGGCCUUUAAGACUGCUGACAUGGGAUUAACAGAAAACAUUGGGGACAGCGGGCUCUGCUUUGAGUUGUGGUUUCGGAGGCGACGUGCCCGAGAGGCAUAUACUCUGCAGGCUGCUUCACCAGAGAUCAAACUCAAGUGGACAAAUUCUAUUGCUCAGCUCCUGUGGAGGCAGGCGGCACACAACAAGGAGCUCCGAGUGCAGCAGAUGGUCUCCAUGGGCAUUGGCAACAAACCUUUCCUGGACAUCAAAGCUCUUGGGGAACGGACACUGAGUGCCCUGCUCACUGGAAGAGCCGCUCGCACCCGGGCCUCCGUGGCCGUGUCAUCUUUUGAGCAUGCCGGCCCCUCCCUUCCCGGUCUCUCGCCGGGAGCCUGCUCCCUGCCUGCCCGCGUCGAGGAGGAGGCCUGGGAUCUGGACAUCAAGCAGAUUUCCCUGGCCCCCGAAACACUUGACUCUUCUGGAGAUGUGUCCCCAGGACCAAGAAACAGCCCCAGUCUGCACCGCCCACACCCUGGGAGCAGCACUCCUACUCUGGCCAGUGGAGGGAUCUUGGGGCUAUCCCGGCAGAGUCAUGCCCGAGCCUUGAGUGACCCCACUACACCUCUGUGACUUGGAGAAGAUCCAGACAUUGGUUACAGCCCCUGUGCUCAGCACAUGGCUGUGGGACUUGAUGGAAAACUGAAGGAGCACUAAAGUCCUUCCCUCGGCUUCUUGGGCGGAGGAGUCAAGGCCCCCACAUGCCCCUCCGCUCCAGUUAUCUCCAGAUCCUCGCAGCCUGGUUGGUGCCUUCUGCAGGGACCUUAGCAGUCACGCUUGCCUUCAUACUCUGCAGGUGGGGACAUCCCUCAUGCAGUCCACGGCCCUCCCAGCACAGGUGUCAGCUUGUGCUCUCCCCCACUUUCCACCCCAGCUGUCCCUGAGAAGACUCCCCCUGCCAGGAUCCAUUCUGGGGGUGUCUCAGGGCAUGGAGCUAUGCAAACCAUAGCCAAAGUGUGGGGCAGGAAACUGCAGGCUUUCUAUAUGGAAUUGCUGUUAUUAUGUGAUUGUUAUAUUAAAUGCAUUUACUCACACUUUCUAAAGAGGUGGAGGCCUCUUCUAUGUUGAGAUGAUCCUACAGGUCUGAGCAUAUUACCUCACCCAGCCAUUAGCUAGAACUCAGAAAAUUAAACCGCAGCUGCUCCAAACUGGAGAAUAUAUGGAGACUACAUUCCCUGCACAGUGACUCUGAGACCAUCUCAGAAGCGCUUCCUUCCAUGCAGUCCCAUUUCUUUUUUUUAUUUUUUUCCCUUUUGUUGCCCUUGUUGUUUUAUCAUUGUUGUAGUUAUUAUUAUUCUUGUUGUUGUUAACAGUCCCAUUUCUUGGGGCUGAGUUUAGUCUCAUCAAAUGGAGAUUCAGCACAAUCUAGUAGUUCUCAAAAUGAAGGCUUCAAACCACAAAGCAGAGAGAAGAAGCCUCUUGGCUACUAGUUAAAUGCUGACUCCUGGCCCUCCACCUCAGAGCAACUGAGUUUAAGGAGGAAGGUGAAGCCCUAGAUUACAGCCCGGAGAGGUGAUUAUUUACAGACAGAGUGGCCCAAGGAGUACAGGACACAGGCAAAGAAACACAGGGCCCUGUGCCUCAAGACACCUGUUUAUUGGGGACACAACUCUGCGACAGGGAUGACAGGGAUCGUACCAAAAAUAGCGACGUCUACGGGGCCCCAGAAGGGGCUAGAAGGGAACAGUGGCCCCCACCCCCACCCAUUGUACAAAAAUAAA